AUGGGCGACAGUUAUUCAGCCACAUCUGGCGCUACUGCCACCACGGCCGUCAACCGACCUACCAUUGACACCAGUACUCUAACACACGAGAAGACUCACUCACCAACCACUGACCCUUCACGUCUGCAAAGCAUGGAUAACGCGGACCAAAAGCGCCUCCACAGCCUCGAAAUCCCCCUCGACAACGUUCGCUCUCCUCCUUCUCCUUCCGUUGGCGUCAACCCAGCCCUCUUUCGCAAGCAAACCUCGCUCGAUCUUGACGAUUAUUUCACUGGUCCUCGUGAUAUUCAAAAGCACUCGAAAUGGCCCCUUGUCUUGCAGAUGCACGGCUCUAUCAUGCCCAAGCUUAUCAUUCCUCUCGUCGCCAUUGCUGCUUGGUCAACUGCCAUCACAGUCAUUUACCUCAAAGUAUGGGAUAUUUCCGUCAACUCUGUUCUGCUCACUAUUCUGGGUUUCGUCGUCGGUCUGAGUUUAUCGUUCCGAUCCUCCACUGCAUACGAGCGUUAUGCUGAAGGCCGUCGAUACUGGGGCAUGCUUACCAUGGCUUCUCAGACACUCGGCCGUGUCUUUUGGAUUCAUGCCAAGGACGUCCCAGGCCAAGACCCUCGCGAGACUAUCCUCAAGAAGAUUGGCGCUAUGAACCUUGUUGUCGCGUUUGCAGUUUCCCUCAAGCACGCUUUGCGAUUUGAGCCUUACAGUGCAUACCCUGAUCUGGAGCACCUUAUCGGCCAUCUGAACACCUUCGCCAAGGAUGCCACUACCGCCGAUCCAGAUGCCCCUUCUAUCAAGAAGAAGAACAUGUUCAAAUCUGUUGGAGAGUACCUUGGUGUAUCAUUCGCCCAAAGCAACCCUCGAAAGGCUCUUAAGAAGACCGACAGGCCUCUUGGUAACCUUCCUCUCGAAAUUCUCAACCAUCUCGCCGUCACCAUCGACCGCAUGAUCUCUCAAGGACAGCUCGAUAUUCCCAUGCAGCAGACCAUUGCCUAUAACCACCUCACUAUGAUGAACGACUGCAUGACUAACUGCGAUCGAGUUCUUAACACACCACUUCCCAUCGCCUAUACCAUCGCUAUCAGCCAGAUCACUUUCAUCUACGUCUUUGUCCUCCCCUUCCAGCUUGUCGCUAUCCUCAAGUGGAUCACGAUCCCUGCCUCCAUCGUCGCUGCUUAUAUCAUUUUCGGACUUCUGUUCAUUGGCCAGGAAAUCGAGAACCCCUUCGGACAAGAUGUCAACGAUCUUCCCCUCGAGAUCUACUGCGACCAAAUUUCUGCUGAUAUGGAUGUCAUUGCGUCUCAUGAUAAGCGCGAGCCGGAUGCAUUCCUCCUCAGCCACAACAGCAUGCCCCUAUACCCUGUCAGCACUGCCUCGUCCAAUGCAUGGAUGAAGCGCAGCGAUGAGAAGCUUCGCCAGACCAUCAAGGACAAGCCCAACACCAUGUUUGAGUGGCGCAAAGAGAUUGCCCGCAAGAAGAUGAACGGUGGCAAGUUUGGCACCAACGACAUGAAGAUCCAGCCUGGCGAUCACAACGUCUAG